CAGGGGUCUGUAGCAAUUCCGAGCCUAGUGGACCAGCAACACAAAGAAGCGCAGUCUGCGGCCUAGCGCCGCCCCCUUGGGUGCCCGGAGGAAGGAAGUGGGCGGAAACUCCCACAAACCUCGCCCAGGUCCACGCUAGGCCCGCCCAGCUGUGCGCCCCACCAUCGGGAGCCUUUGCGGGAAAGCCCGUCCCGCACGAUCGCGACCCUGAUCUGCAGCCAUCCCGGCCUCCCCGGUUGCCCCGUGCAGGUUGCUCGGCCUCCUGAAGCCGAUCCAGCCAUGGCCACUCCCUCUGCAGCCUUUGAAGCCCUGAUGAAUGGAGUGACCAGUUGGGAUGUCCCUGAGGAUGCCACCCCAAGUGAACUGCUACUUAUUGGUGAGGCCGCCUUCCCAGUGAUGGUAAACGACAUGGGCCAGGUGCUCAUCGCCGCCUCCUCCUAUGGCCGGGGCCGCCUGGUGGUGGUGUCCCACGAGGACUACCUGGUGGAGGCACAACUCACGCCCUUUCUUCUCAAUGCUGUGGGUUGGCUCUGCUCAUCCCCUGGAUCUCCGAUUGGUGUGCACCCUUCCUUGGCACCCCUGGCAAAAAUUCUCGAAGGCUCUGGCUUGGAGGCAAAGAUUGAGUCCGAAGUGAAUGACUCACUUGGAGUUUACUGCAUCGAUGCCUACAAUGAAACCAUGACUGAGAAAUUGGUCCAGUUUAUGAAACGUGGCGGUGGCUUGCUCAUGGGAGGCCAAGCAUGGGACUGGGCCAACCAGGGCGAUGACGAAAGGGUUCUGUUCACAUUUCCUGGCAAUCUGGUGACCAGUGUGGCUGGUGUGUACUUCACUGACAACAAAGGGGACACAAGUUUUUUUAAAGUUUCCAAGAAGAUGCCCAAGAUCCCAGUCUUGGUUAGCUGUGAAGACGAUCUCUCUGAGGACCGAGAGGAGCUAUUGCAUGGCAUCUCAGAGUUGGACAUCACUAAUUCGGACUGCUUCCCAUCGCAGCUGCUGGUGCACGGUGCACUGGCCUUCCCCCUGGGCUUAGACUCCUACCAUGGCUGCGUCAUUGCUGCCGCCCGCUACGGCCGAGGCCGGAUCGUGGUGACUGGCCACAAGGUCCUGUUCACGGUCAGCAAGCUGGGCCCCUUCCUGCUCAAUGCUGUCCGCUGGUUGGACGGGGGCCGCAGAGGCAAGAUUGUGGUGCAGACCGAGCUAAGGACCCUGAGCAGCUUAUUGGCAGUGGGUGGCAUCGAGGCCAGCAUCGAGCCACACCUGCCCAGUGAUGCCAGCGUGUACUGCUUCGAGCCCAUGAGCGAUGUGGGAGUCAAAUCCCUGCAAGAGUUCGUCGCUGAAGGCGGGGGACUGUUUGUGGGUGCGCAGGCCUGGUGGUGGGCCUUCAAGAACCCCGGAGUGUCCCCGUUGGCCCGAUUCCCAGGAAACCUCUUGCUCAACCCCUUCGGCAUUAGUAUCACCAGCCAAAGCCUGAAUCCCGGGCCCUUCCGGACCCCCAAAGCAGGGAUCCGGACCUACCACUUCCGCUCCACCCUGGCCGAGUUCCAGGUCAUCAUGGGCAGAAAACGAGGGAAUGUGGAGAAGGGCUGGCUGGCUAAGCUGGGCCCCGAUGGUGCUGCCUUCCUGCAGAUUCCCGCUGAGGAGAUCCCAGCCUAUAUGUCUGUGCAUCGGCUGCUGAGAAAGCUGCUCAGUCGCUACAGGCUCCCAGUAGCCACACGGGAGAACCCUGUGAUCAACGACUGCUGCCGGGGUGCCAUGCUGUCUCUGGCCACUGGACUGGCCCACUCAGGCAGCGACCUCUCUCUUUUAGUCCCAGAGAUUGAGGAUAUGUACAGCAGCCUCUACCUACGUCCCUCGGAAGUGCCCAUCACUGUGGAGGUCAACUGCAACAAUCCAGGCACCAGAUACUGCUGGAUGAGCACCGGUCUCUAUAUCCCUGGGAGGCAGAUCAUUGAGGUCUCGCUGCCUGAAGCCGCUGCCUCUGCUGAUCUCAAGGUGCAGAUCGGCUGCCACACUGAUGACCUGACCAGAGCUAGCAAGCUGUUCCGGGGCCCCCUAGUGAUCAACCGGUGCUGCCUGGACAAACCCACCAAGUCUAUCACCUGUCUAUGGGGUGGCCUGCUCUACAUCAUUGUACCUCAGAGCAGCAAGCUGGGCUCUGUGCCCAUCACUGUGAAGGGGGCCGUGCACGCUCCCUUCUACAAGCUGGGGGAGACCUCUCAGGAAGAGUGGAAAAGGCGACUCCAGGAGCAUCCAGGUCCCUGGGGAGAACUGGCCACGGAUAACAUCAUCCUGACAGUGCCCACAGCCAAUCUGCGCACAGUGGAGAACCCAGAGGCACUGCUCCGCCUCUGGGACGAGGUGAUGCAGGCUGUAGCACGGCUAGGGGCUGAGCCCUUCCCGCUGCGCCUGCCUCAGAGGAUCGUGGCCGAUGUGCAGAUCUCAGUUGGCUGGAUGCAUGCAGGGUACCCUAUCAUGUGCCAUCUGGAGUCAGUGCAAGAACUCAUCAAUGAGAAGAUCAUCCGAACCAAGGGUCUCUGGGGCCCUGUGCAUGAGCUGGGGCGCAACCAGCAGCGUCAGGAGUGGGAAUUCCCCCCUCACACCACCGAGGCCACCUGCAACUUGUGGUGUGUGUAUGUGCACGAGACAGUCCUCGGCAUCCCUCGAGGUCGCGCCAAUAUUGCUUUGUGGCCUCCAGUUCGAGAGAAGCGAGUCCGGAUCUACCUGAGCAAGGGCCCCAAUGUGAAAAAUUGGAAUGCAUGGACAGCACUGGAAACCUACUUGCAGCUCCAGGAGGCCUUUGGUUGGGAGCCUUUCAUUCGUCUCUUCACUGAGUACCGGAACCAGACCAACCUGCCCACAGACAACAUAGACAAAAUGAACCUCUGGGUGAAGAUGUUUUCCCACCAAGUGCAAAAGAACCUGGCCCCGUUCUUUGAGGCCUGGGCCUGGCCAAUCCAGAAGGAAGUGGCAACCAGCCUGGCCUACCUGCCUGAAUGGAAGGAAAAUAUAAUGAAACUGUACCUCCUCACACAGAUGCCCCACUGAAAUUGAAGUCAAGAAAUGCAAAAGAGAAUUGACACAUCUCAACCAAGAAAAGUGACAAGAUUUGGUUAUAAACAAAGAAGACCUCAACCUGGGGAAGAGUGGAUGGAGCAGGAUAGUGGACACAAGCAUGAAAGCAUCUUCCAGAUAGGAUAUAAGCUGAUCUGAAACACAUGACCCCAAAAAACCUUGGGCACCUGAAAAGUCUUAUCUGCUACAGAGUUAUAUGAGUUGUGGAACUGAACUGCAUCCCUUCCUAUUUCGACUUUGUGCACAGAACACAGGCAGCCUACUAUGGAUACUGAUUUAAAGUCCCUUGUCACUGUUAUUGUGGUGUUUUUGCUGUUGUUAUUUGUAUAACGAAUCUGAAUAAACUGCCUGAGGAGAGGUAGGAAUUGGUGCUCCAGAAUAAAGAUGCUUUUUUUUUU